AGUAUUUCCCAGUUCAAGUCCUUCUGUAGCACGUGACAACUGGUGGAGGUGCUGGGUACCCCCCAGCCGAUGUUCCAAACGCCUCCGGGUAGCCCUGUACCUGUAGUGACAACACCUGUUCACCGGGCCAGCCGAAGAAUCCGAGGACUACCUCCUGAGCGUGGACCUCUUCCCGAAAUGGCCUCAGCGACACCCCAGAACGCUGCGGAAGGCACUGCAACCGCGCCUUAUACGCUGCAGAAGCCACGAGUACCGAAGGUGUUCCACGGUUCCGUCUUCGAGGACGUCGAGGACUGGCUGGCUCAAUUCGAACGGGUCGCCGAUUUCAACGGUUGGACCGACGCCGACAAGAUGAGGAAUGUCUAUUUCAGCCUGGAGGACGGCGCUCGUACUUGGUACGAAAACCGUGAGCCCUUCCCAUCUUGGAGCGUCUUUUGCCGUCACCUGCUGGCAAGUUGGGCCAAUCCCGAUCGCCGUGAACGAGCCGAGAGAGCAAUUCAGUCGCGCAUCCAAAUGCCGAAUGAAAGCGAGCAGCUUUUUGCUGGCCUCGUUCGAUGUCCCCCAAAGACUGUGGCAGAGUUUUUGACCGAAGCCACAACAAUGGAAAAAGUGCUGCAGCAGCGUUCGGCUGUGUACGACCGGCAAGUGAGUGUUGCUUCGUCCGUAGGCCAGAUUGGAGGUGCAGGAAGUAGUAUCAACAUCGAAUCUCUGUGCGACCUCAUUCGAUCGGUGGUGCGCGACGAGCUGCAAAAGAUUCACUGCCCGUCUCAACCUACUGCGGGAUCCCUCUGCAGCCUCAUCAGAAACGAGGUACAGCAGGCUCUGCAGGUGCCGCUUCCCGACAAUGUCCCGCCUGUGCCGACUGAGCCUCAUCGUGCAUCAUACGCGGAUGCUGCUCGUCGUUAUAUUCCAGCUUCACCGCGCUUCGUCAACCCUACGCCUCACGAUGCACUUCCAUCACUGCAGCCGAUUCAGCACUUGGAGAAUCGGCAGCCGAUCCCAAGGAAAUCCGACGUCUGGCGCACACCGGACAGGCGGCCACUGUGUUAUCACUGUGGUGAAGCUGGACAUGUGUACCGAGAAUGCCCCUAUCGCCGUCUUGGACUCCAGGGUUUCGCCGUCGACUCGCCAAGGCCGAGAUUUGGCGAAAGACCAAGAGCUAUAGAAGAGUACCUCUCCCAGCAGCGAAUGCCACUGCCCGUGCGGCGGCAGUCGCGGUCACCGUCUCCAAGACGAUCUUCGCCAAAUUUUCGGAGCUUUCCAGGGGCGGCGCAGGCGCGUUCGCCAAGCCCUCGGCGGGAAAACUAACGACAGCGACCUUCGGGAGCGAGGCCGCUGACAAUCGACGCAAGCAAGGCCUCCCAUCGACGCGAGAAUGGACCCGGAACGAUUUACCGCCGACAGCAACGAAAACCAGAAGCAGACUUUCUUUGGACAUUCCUGUGGUGCUCGACGGCCGCCACGACGUUAGUGCGUUAUUAGACACGGGUGCAGACUAUUCGAUCAUGAGCGGAACGCUAGCAGAGCACCUGAAGAAAGUUGUUACGCCCUGGUACGAAACACAAAUUCGUACUGCCGGCGGACAUGUAGUCACGCCAAUCGGCAUGUGCACAGUCAGAGUAAGCAUUCGUGGACGUACGUUUCUCGCAUGCUGCCUCGUACUUCGUGAAUGUUCUCGCGAUCUAAUCCUGGGAGUCGACUUUUUGCGGGAGUACGACGCUAUUAUCGACCUUCGGGAGCGUACCGUGACUUUUUCGACAGAGAGAGCAACUCUCGAUUCCGACGACAGCCAUGACAGCACGUUUCGCGUUUCUGCCGACAGCAUAACGUUGCCUCCGCGUUCGAGUGUCCUGGUUGAUGUGGUGUGCGACAAGUUACGUGAUGGUGAGGCUAUCGCCGAAGGCAACUUCACGCUUUUAUUCAAGCUAGGUGUCUGCGCGGCCCGCAGCCUCGUCACGCUUUCUGACGGACGUUCUGUGCUGCUUGUGACCAACUUCAGUAAUGAGUACCGGCACCUUUUUCGUCACACCGCCAUCGCUUUUGCCUACCCUGUCGCAGACGUUGCCGAAUGUUUCACGUCUACAUCGGUGGACGAUGGGCUUCAACCGACAUCAAGAGACGUGACUUCGUCACUCUCCAAGGUUGAUAUUGAUUCGACCCUCUCGGAGCAACAACAGACAGCUCUGCGUGAACUGUUACUUGAAUUCAAAGAGUGCUUCGCGUCCACCUCGAAGGUUCUUCAGACGCCCAUCACCAAACAUCGAAUAAUUACAUACACCGACGCCUCGCCCAUAAAACAACAGCCUUACCGCGUUUCGGCAAAGGAACGUGAUGCUAUCAAUGCACAAGUCGAAGAGAUGCUGCAAGAUGACGUUAUCCAACCUUCCAAGAGUCCCUGGUCCUCGCCGGUCGUUCUCGUAAAGAAAAAGGACGGAACGCUGCGUUUCUGCGUGGACUACAGAAAGCUUAACAGCGUGACUAAAAAAGACGUCUAUCCACUGCCCCGCAUCGAUGAUUCACUCGACAGACUGCGGCGGGCCAAGUAUUUUUCAUCUAUAGACUUGAA